CGUCUCGGAUCGCCUUCCUCAGCGGCCUGAUGCUCGGCCUGCUCAUGUACACCGCCUACUCGGCCACCUUGGUAUCGUUUCUGGCUGCUGCCGACAGGCCCAGGCCGGCCUUCAGUGACCUCACCGGCCUGCUGCACCUGCCCCACUGGAAGGCCGGGUGGAAGGACGGCGACCUACUGGAAAACUUCCUCGACUGGUGCCGGCUGGUGCAGAGUCCGCUGCAGGACUGUGACACGCUGCAGCAGGUGUACGAGAAGCACGUGCUGCCGGAGCGAGAGCGCAACCUGGUCGACAGCUACGAGGAGGGCUUCAGGAAGGUAGCAGAAGGCAACUACGCUUUUCUAGCCUCUAACGAGGCUGCCGACUACUACCUGUCGAAAAUCGACCCGCACAUCGCGUGUCACGUGCACAAGCUGGACGUGAGCUACUCUCCGGGCGGCAUCGCGCUGGGCCUGCAGAAGCACUCGCCGUACCGGGAGCUCUUCAACCACGGGAUCCAGAUGCUGGGAGAAGGUGGAGUCCUGGAGAAGCUCUACCGCAAGGCGCUAGAAUCCAGCCUCAUCUGCAACACGGAAACCAUCGUGGAAGCGUCGCUUUUGCACACGAUGGGCGCCUUCGCCGUGCUUCUACUGGGCGUCACAGCUAGCCUCCUAGUGCUUACAGUCGAGUGGGCUGCCUUCCGCUGUGCCGUCAGGGUCAGGCUGAGCCGCGCCAGCCACCUCGCCGGCGACCAGCUGAGGGCACUCUCCCGCCAGCUGUCCAACGGAGCCACGUGGCACGAGACGAGAGUGGCGCACCCCGCGCCGCACCACCCCAGCCAUUAA